AAAAUCAAAUCAUGGUAGCCUUCUGUCAUUUCAAUCAUAAAAAUGCUUCGCAUUAAACCGCUUCAACAUAUUUCCAAGCGUUUCGCUUGCGAAUUAAAAUCUAUCCUUGCCUCCAAAAUCCCUAAAGAGCAAGAACGCAUUAAAGCUUUCCGCAAGGCUCAUGGCAAGACCAAAAUUGGCGAAGUUACCGUCAACAUGGCGUAUGGCGGCAUGCGAGGCAUCAAGGGUCUCAUUUGCGAAACUUCAGUCCUGGACCCCCAUGAAGGUAUCCGUUUCCGGGGCCACUCCAUUCCCGACUGCCAGGAGAAGCUCCCUAAGGCCGACUGUGGCGAACAGCCUUUGCCUGAAGGCCUCUUUUGGCUACUUCUCACUGGGGAUAUCCCCACAAGCGAGCAAGUGAAAUCCCUCUCUGAGGAGUGGGCCAGUCGCUCCGAAUUGCCGGCCCACGUGUGCAAGUUCCUGAAACAAGUCCCCAAAGAUGUGCACCCCAUGGCGCAGCUCUCGGCCGCUUGCUCGAUUUGUAACACGGAGAGUCUGUUCAAGAAGUCGUACGCCACGGUGAAGAAGGCGAACUACUGGGAGAGCAUCUAUGAGGAUUGCAUGAAUUUGAUUGCAAAGCUUACCCCCAUUUCUGCACUGAUUUACAAGCACACCUUCAAAGGGACUGAUGAGAUAGGGACCGUGGAUUCGGACAAAGACUGGAGUUUGAACUUCUGCCGGAUGCUGGGGUUUGACAACGAGGAGUUUGUCGAGUUGAUGCGGUUAUAUUUGACUAUACACAGCGACCAUGAAGGCGGUAACGUCUCUGCUCACACUGUCCAUUUGGUGGGGUCGGCCCUAAGUGACCCCUAUUUGUCUUAUGCCGCUGGUAUGAAUGGUUUAGCUGGGCCUUUGCAUGGUUUAGCAAACCAGGAAGUACUAGUUUGGUUGAAAAAUUUGCAAAAAGAAGUAGGGAAAGACCCCACUCAUGACAAAAUUAAAGAUUUCAUUUGGAAAACUCUGAAAUCGGGUCGUGUGGUUCCCGGCUAUGGCCACGCCGUUUUGCGAAUCACUGAUCCGAGGUUCACUGUUCAGAAACAAUUUGCAGAAAAGUAUCUUCCCAAUGAUCCCUUAUUCAAAAUUGUUUCACUGGUUUUCGAGGUGGUUCCCCCGAUUUUGAAAGAGUUGGGUAAAGUACAAAACCCCUGGCCGAAUGUGGAUGCCCACUCCGGUGUCCUUUUACAAUAUUACGGCAUGACCGAAAUGACCUAUUACACCGUGUUGUUCGCGGUUUCUCGCGCAUUGGGUGUUUUGGCUUGCACGGUUUGGGAUCGCGCUCUAGGCUUGCCCAUCGAAAGGCCUAAAUCCAUCUCCACCGAACGUCUCAUCAAAGAAGUCACAGGUGGCGAUGACAAAAAAGGGAAAAAAGGAAAAAAAUGUGAAUAAAUUUCUUGUUUUGAAUAAAACUUCAGAAACUU